AUGUCACUACUCAAACACCUUCUCAUUUUGACACUUCUCGCGUCCGCCGUUUGUGGUUUCUCAUUCGAUGAAUAUUUUACCAUCAGAAAAACAUCAUUUACUUCAUUUACAUUAACAGGAAUUGGCGUUGACUCGAGUAUGAUUGUGAAAUUUACAAACAUGAGCGGAAUGGCAAAAAUUAACAAUCUCGAGUUGGUGUCAAAUUCCUUCCCACGAGUUGUUUCAAAUUUACCCUUUCUACCAUAUGAUACCAUGAAUAUUUACAAUGUUUUUCAAUUGGAUUUAUCGAAAAGUUUUAUACCAGAAAUGGCAACUAUUCCAACACUUGAUAUUACAAUGGCAAUUGUAGGAACGGAUGUGAUGGACACGGAUCCAAAAAGUUAUAGAUGUGUCGUAUUUAAGGAUAGUCAAACGGUGGUGCCAGUUAAAGCUCUUUCUCAAAAAGGAAAUGAAUUUACAUUUACUGUUCUAAAUUUGGAAAGAGAUUAUAUUGGAAAUAAUAAGACACUCAUGUUUGGAUUGGUGGGAAAGACAUUUGAGAAUGUUAGAGCUGAUUUUGAUGUUCCUUACACGAUUGAGUUUAAGAGAAGUUUGAAUUUUCGUCAACAAUAUUCGCCAAUGGAUGAAAAUCUAAAAAUGGAAUUUAAAGAUAUUUUUAACUUUCCAUAUUCGGUUAAUUUACAAAAUAGGCAAGGGGAAUAUUCAAAAAUUAAGUUGGAUUAUGAUGAUUAUGUACCACUCUAUUUAUUUUCAACAAAAACCAACACAUCAGAUCCAAGCUUUUUUAAUGUUGUCUUUUCUUUCAAUUCAAAUUUCACAUUUUACAAUGCCACAAAUGGAAAGUCAUUUAAUAUCAAAGAAGAUACCUUGAGUAUUGCAACUUGGGUCAAUGAUUAUUGGAUACCUGAUCAAAAAUUAGUUUGUAAUGAACAAACUUGUGAACUGACAAGUAGUGUGAUUUCUGGCAGACUUGUCACAAUUUGUGGUGUCAUUGACAAUACUCCACCACCUCCACAUCACGAGAGAGAGGACACUGCCCAUGGAGUUACAUUGAGAAACAAUUCAAAACUCUAUUUGGAACCAAUUUCUAAUGGAAUUUCACAUUUAUAUCAAAUUUCCUUACCUGCUGGUCAACAAGUUAUUUUGAAAAUUCCAAGAAUAUUUGGAAAGGAUGCAUCCACCUUUACAAUCUAUCAAUCAUUCAAAUCUGAAACUCCAAAUAGUCAAAAUUAUGAGAAUGUUGUAGAAAUUUCAAAAACUAUGAAAAGUAUUACAAUUUCCAAUAAUGAAACAUUGGCUCGUACAGCAUACUUUCAAUUAUUUGCAAAUCAGAAUGCCAUUAAUUAUAUUGACGUGUCAGCUUUCAUGAUGCCUAUUUCUCCCUCUUACAGUAAUCCAACUAUUGGAAGUCCAAGUAGUAAUGAUGGAAAUAUAAUCUCUGAAAAAAGAGAUUUCACAUGGCUUUAUGUGUCAAUUGGAGUUGUGUUUGGUGGUUUAUUGUUGGCAGCUGUCAUUACCAUUGUUUUUGUACUUGUUUCAAAGUGGAGAAUGAAGAGACAGGCAGCUCAUAUUAAUAAUCCUUCAAUUGCCAUGAUGGACUCUUCAUCUUCAAAGUAUUAUGUAAUGAGAGAUGGUUUCUAAUAAUUUAUUGUUAUCCUCAUUUCAAUAAUAAUUAAAUACUAUUAUGUAACACAGUCAACAUUUAUAAAAUUUAGUGGAUGAAA